AUGGGAAAUCUGGUGGCUGUGGCUGGGCCAACGGGCGGCGCGGCAUACUACUUUGCGAAGAAGAGCAUCAAUGCGGACCGAGCAGCCCGACUAGAUGAGCAGCGGAAGAGAAAGUCCACGAUCGAGUACCUCGAAUACUCCCAAAAAUUCCCGAGCAAGACAACGAUCCCGCGUGACAAUGGGUGCCCGGUUAUGAACAAUAAUGUAGCACGAGCCCUAACAAUAACAGCAGGCUCUCCCGGUCAGGAGUCCAGCAGCGACCCAGCAGCAUCCAAACCGGCGCCAGCGACCGAGGAUCAAGCGGUGUUUGAAAAGGGCAACCACGAGAGUAGCACGCGGCUCAGAAGUCCGAAAUGA